AAACUCAGUCAAAAACAACGCUUAAAACUGGCAGUGAAGGACUAUGGUUCAACAGUUAUAGUGUUUCAUAUUGGCAUAUCUUUGAUGUCCUUGGGUGGUUUUUAUUUGGCUGUUUCAAGUGGAAUCGAUAUGGUUGGUAUUUUAACUCGAUUAGGAGUUGGUGAAUCAAUUCUACAGUCAAAGAUGGUAUCUGAUGCUGGAACAUUUGUCGUGGCUUAUGCUGUUCAUAAAAUAUUUGCACCUGUCAGAAUAGCCAUAACAUUGACAUCAUCUCCAUUUAUAGUUCGCUAUUUACGACAAAUUGGAGUUCUUAAA